GCCAUCACACCGACCAAAGCAUAAGUGAUUCUUCAUGCCACAAAACUGUUUAAUAUCGGCGACACUACCUAUCGCGUCCAAUACAUUGAUAAUGAUUUUUCAGUUUGCGCACUUCAUUGCGCAUUUAUAAUUAGUGCAAACAGCGCAAAUCGCCCCAUAUGCAUUGCCCUUUGUCCCAGAAGCCACACAACAGAAGGAAAAACCCUGUGCAGUGCAAGCAGCCAUCUUGGACAGGCAGGCAAGGUAGAUACUUCAGCCAGGAUAACCUGCAGAUCUCUUCUGAAGAGCUCAAGACAUUAAACCGACAAUUUCCGAGCCACGAUGGCCACCGCACCGUACAACUACUCCUACAUUUUCAAAUACAUCAUCAUCGGGGACAUGGGGGUAGGGAAGUCAUGUUUGCUUCACCAGUUCACAGAGAAGAAAUUCAUGGCGGACUGCCCCCACACGAUCGGCGUGGAGUUUGGCACGAGGAUAAUCGAGGUGAGCGGCCAGAAGAUCAAGCUGCAGAUCUGGGACACGGCGGGCCAGGAGCGCUUCAGGGCCGUCACGCGUAGUUAUUACAGGGGGGCCGCGGGCGCACUCAUGGUCUACGACAUCACCAGGAGAAGUACGUACAACCAUCUCAGCAGCUGGCUGACUGAUGCCAGAAAUCUGACCAACCCAAAUACUGUGAUCAUUCUCAUAGGUAACAAAGCAGAUCUGGAGGCCCAGAGAGAUGUCACGUAUGAGGAGGCCAAGCAGUUCGCUGAGGAGAACGGUCUCUUAUUCCUGGAAGCCAGCGCAAAAACGGGUGAGAACGUGGAGGAUGCCUUCCUGGAGGCAGCUAAGAAGAUCUACCAGAAUAUCCAGGACGGCAGUCUGGACCUGAAUGCUGCAGAGUCUGGUGUCCAGCACAAGCCCUCCGCACCCCAGGGAGGCCGGCUAAUAACCAACGAACCACAGCCCCAGAGGGAAGGCUGCGGCUGCUAAUGACCAACGCCUCUCUCUGUUCUCCUCCUCCACCCCCCUCUCGCUCUCCUCAUCCUCCCUCCAUCGCCCCCACCCCACUCCACUGGGGCUGCAUGAGUGUGGGGUACGGGUGGAGGGAGGGAACGAGGGAUGGGCUGAAUGGGAGUGUACCUCUAUGAAUCUGUCAUUCCUCCUCCCCCACCUUUUUCACUUUGUCUUCUUCUUCACUUCUCUCUUGUUCCUUCUCUUCCUCUGCCCCAUUGUGCAGCUCAUCUGCCAUGGAAACCCAGAUCCACACACAUUUAAUAUAUAUAAAGACAUGGGUUACUGACACAGAUAGGUAAUGUUCAUAACACAACCAGAAUAAAUGCUUUUUAAACGUUUCCUUUUAUAGCUUCUACCUAUACUAUAUACACCGAUCAAGUCUCAUCCACCACAUCCCAAACCAAGCCUGUAUAGUCGAUAACCGCCAUUGACAUGAAGCUAUCCACACACUCCCCCCGCAUCAGUCCUGCAUGGUUCAAUGAUCUAGGACUGUUUUAAACUGAAAUGACAUGUUUAGGAUUCAAAUUUUCCCUGGAUGGUUAGUGAAGGGAAUGAUGUAAUGUAUGAUGCAGCCCCGCUACUGCUCGCUAUCGGCGGUGGCAGAUGUGUGUGUUUGGUCCAGUUGUUGAACAGGGUCUAGAGCAGUCCUUAGCCAAAGCUUUCCCCCUGGUCCUUAUGGUAAAGCUCUUAUACUAGACAGAUAUUUCAUACUUCUGAUGGUGUCCUACAGUACACCUCAGUGUGGCAACGCUAGUGUAGUAGAGACACUUUUAAAGCCCAGGAGACCUGGAAUUCCCCAGAAUCUCCUCUACAUGACGUCACAGGAAAGGUUCUGGGUGUGCGUGGCCAGGGCGGGAUUUAUUUGACUGUUAAUGACACUUCAAAUAAAACUUCAUCUUGUUUUUUAUGGGAAGGAUUCUUUCAGAUCAUCAGUUUCAUUGCACCCCCGCCCCGCCCCAUAUCAAUACAAUCUCUGUCCUUAACAGCAUUUUCUUUGUCGUUGUUUGCCUUGUUAUGAUUUAAUGUUAAUAGUGUUUAAUAUUUUCUUUGCUGCUCUUGCUCUACAUACUGCUGUCAAAUUGUUUUACUAUAUGGUAGUGGAGAACAUGAAACUGGUUUAACAAUGAGGAAAAGACUGGGGUAGAAGUUACCCUACUCCAGUCCUUUAACUAUGAGGUGAGGAAUUCAAACUGACCCCAGAUCAACGCUAAGGGUCAUCUUAGACCUGUCUGCACCAUAGGUGUAGGGUUCUCUCCAGCCUGCUCUCCCCAUAGGCUUGUAUAACAAGACCAAGCAGCACGCCCCAUAUGGGAUGAGUUUGUCUGACUCUGUACCAUAGAAUAAUUCCCCCAAUUCGGCAGCUGUGUAUAUAGCUUAUAUAUGUUGGUGACCAUGCUACUUCGAGGAUAAACAAAUCAUGCUGGCUUCGUAGAGAUCUGUACAGUUGUGUUUGUGGGAUGCUUGUAUUUCGUGCUUGGGAAUUCUGUAACAUAGUUUCUAUGAAUAAAUGUGUAUGGACAGACUUCCUCUA